AACAAUACAGUCCGUGCAUCUUGCUAUCAAGCUGUAAAUCAAAUGCCUGGACGUAUGCCUCCCUUCCAACGAGCCGUGCAGCGGCUGGUUGCUUCGCCGGCAUCCAGUAGCUGCAGAUCGAUUCACUGGCGGACGACGCAACCCCGAACCAAACCAUCUUGCGCUCCGUCGCCGCAGCCACGACGACAUGCCCUGUCAUCCCAAUGUCUACAGACGCGGCCGUUCUCGUCAUCCAGCCCGAGACUCAGAGCGGGAGACAGACUGUACCAUCGCACAGGCGUACGUAUCUUUAUCCGGGGUACGUGCCUUCCUCUGACGUUUUGCAUGCGCAGCCAUUCUCAUUCAGAUCAGCGGCGCUCUUCGUCGGCGUCGGCGCAGGCAUGAUAUUUUAUUUCCAAUUUGAGAAGAAGCGGUUGGAGCGCAAGAGGGUCGUGGAGAUGAGCAAAGGGUACGGGAAACCGAAGGUUGGCGGGCCGUUCGCAUUGAAGGAUGUCGACGGCAAUGAUUUCACGGACCAGGAUUUGUUGGGCAAAUAUUCACUCAUCUAUUUCGGCUUCAGCCAUUGUCCUGACAUCUGCCCCGACGAGCUCGACAAGAUGGGCGAGGCCCUCGACAUCAUCCAAGAGAGAGCCCCCAACACGGUACGGCCGGUUUUCAUCUCCUGCGAUCCCAACCGCGAUACUCCCGAUGUCCUCAAAGCAUACUUGGCCGAAUUCCAUCCCGCCAUCCUUGGAUUGGUUGGCACUUGGCAACAGACAAAAGACGUGUGCAAACAGUAUCGGGUAUACUUCUCGACGCCCCCCGAGUUGACGCCAGGCGAAGAAGAUUACUUGGUGGACCACAGCAUAUACUUUUACGUGAUGGAUCCUGAAGGUGACUUUGUCGAAUGUAUUGGGAGGCAAGAUACGCCAGAGAGUGCGGCGGCCAUUGUACUCCAGCACAUCAAGGAUUGGAAGAGGGAGAGGAAGCCGAUUGAUACGACGCCGCUACCAUACCUUCACAAAAAAGAGGUGGAGCCUAGUGGCAAGUAAUGAAGAGAGAGUUGGCUGCAUUCAAAUGUUGCUUUAUGUACAGCAUGGCGACGGGAGAAGGUAAUGGUGUAAACAAAACUCCACUUCUGAAAUACUGUACCUCAAUACUCACGAGGGGAAGAAAAGAGAUGUAUCACAACAAUGAAAGAGCAAUCGAACAAAAUCAAUUGAGCAAGAUUCUACAGGUGAACUGUAUGUUGGUCCCGUGUACACUACCUGACCCUGACGGGGGCACAGAGUCAAGAUCACGCCGUCUCUCAUCUUGCAUAUACCCAGCGUCCAAUCCCAUGGCUUACCAGCCACUUCAUUCUUGUUCCUGGUUCAUGAAGUUCUUC